UCAUCAUUCAAAAUCAAGCUGCAGACAAGACACUUGUGGCAGAUAGAAAAAUCCACUCAACUUUCCCAUUUGAAGCCUUGCACUUUCAAAAGGUUCCUUUACAUUGCAAUCUUUACUCUUUCAUGGCUGAAUAACCUUGAUUUACAAUGUCGGAUCAUACCACCUGUUUGAUCUUUACAUGUGAACAUUGUCAUCAAAAUUUUAAAUAUAAACGGAACUUAGUUCGUCAUCAAAAGUACUGUGCUAGAGAAGGUGCAUUGUAUGCCUGUCAAUAUUGUCAAAAACAAUUUAACAGAAGAGACAGCUUGAAAAGACACAGCAAAAUAUGUAAGCAAAAAGUUGUGUAUUGUCGUCAAUGUCCACAUUGCUUUCUGUAUUUUAGCAAUGAAAUUGACUAUCAGAUGCAUCCAUGUGCAACAAACAGAGCUUCAACAUCAAAUAAUGCUUCUACUCAUACUUGUCAAACAUGCAAUCAAUCCUUUCAGACAUCCAAAGCUUUGAGGUUACACAAAAAUGAAACUAACCAUGGUAUGUUAGGGAGAGGGAAAGGUAAAGCUAGUAGGCAAAAAACAAAAUCAGCCACUGUGACUGUACCACAUCAUUCACCUCCAGUGUUGUCACCAACCACUUCUCACCCAUCUCCUCAUACUUGUCAAACAUGCAAUCAAUCCUUUCGUACAUCCAAAGCUUUGAGGUUGCACAAAAAUGAAACUAGUCACGAUAUGGUGGGGAGAGGGAAAGGCAAAGCUAGGCAAAAAACAAAAUCAACCACUGUGUCUGUACAGCAAGAUUCGCCUGCAGGGUCACCUCCAACCACGUCUCAUCCAUCUGCAAAUGACUCAUCAGAUGCUUCAAAACCAUGUUCUUAUCAAGCCUUAAAUGGUGAUGUAAGAGAAUAUGACAUUCAAGAGGGAACUGCUACUGAUGCAUUGGAAUUUCUAGUCAGAGAACAGAAUAGUGUUAUUUCAAUGCUUGAAUUAGAAAUAAAAGAAAAAAGUCAAUUAAAUGGUCACUAUGUUUACAUAUCAAGAUGGAGAAACCAGGUGAAGGUGGUAAUGCAAAUUAUCAUGAAGCCUAUUUUAGAAGCGAGAUGCAGAUAGCUACUGAAGGAAGUGAUUUGAUUGAUCAAUACUUGGAAGCAAUGAAUAAAAUGUUGCAAACUUUAGAUGAUUAUGAAGGCGUUCAUUCUGGUUUAAAUGUCAAUGCCAUUGUCAUGAUGAAACUCACUGUGGUGAAAUUUAAACCAUUUAAAGGUGGUAGUUACAUGCCUUUGCCUUCAAGUUUAGCAAAACACCAGUAUUGUAUCACAAAUGUCAAAAAUGAAAACAAUAAUUUAUGUUUUGUUUUGUCUAUUCUUGCCAAAUUGUAUCCAGUGACCCAACACAAAGAACGAGAGACACAUUACCUCCCCUAUCUAAAUACACUCAAUUUGGAAGGCUUUACUUUUCCUAUGUCAUUGAAACAAAUUCCACGUUUUGAACAAGUGAACCAUUUGUGCAUCAAUGUUUUUGGCUUUGAAGACAAUACCUUAUAUCCAAUGUAUAUUUCUGAUAAGUCGCAUGUAGAUGAAAACAGACAAAUCGAUCUUCUAUUUUUGUCAGAGGAAAGUGAACCGGAUGAUUUUGAAGGGAUAUUAGGGUUAGAAUCUCAGGAGGAAGCCAUGGAUAUAGACAUUGAGCUAAAUACACACUUCUGUCUCAUCAGUAAUCUUAAUGGAUUAAUCAGAAGCAGAUGUAACCAAAACAAAUCCUUUGUUUGUAGGAAGUGUUUAUGGUCUUACUCAUCUGAAGAAAGGUUAGAGGCUCACAAAGGGUAUUGUUAUAAGAAGGCACAAAGAGUUGUUUUACCUGAACCGGAAGAAGCAUUGUAUGAGUUUGGUUUAAGAUCACAAAGCAAAACCGAUCGAGCUAAAUUCAUCAUAUUUGCUGAUUUUGAAAGUUUAUUAAUUCCAGAACAAGGUCAUUCUCCUCGUUUGAAUCGUCAUGUGCCUUGUGGGUAUGCUUACAAGGUGGUAUGUACUGAUGAGCAAUAUACCAAACCUGUUCAGACUUUUGUUGGUGAAAAUGCAGCUGAACACUUCAUUGAAAAUAUUUUAAAAGAAUAUGAUGAGAUUAUGAAUUUAUUUGAUUCAGUCAAACCUAUGCAGCUUACCAAUGACAAUAAAAUACUCAUUAACAAUACUACUCAUUGUGGUUUAUGUGGAGAACUUCUUGGAAAAGAUAGAGUGCUGGAUCAUGACCAUUUGUCAGGUGAAUUCCGCCAAGUCCUGCAUAACAAAUGCAAUCUUAACUUUCAACUAAGAAAAAAGGUGAUUGUGAUGUUUCAUAAUUUGGAACAUUAUGAUGCUCAUCUGUUGUUAGAAGUGGCACAAAAGUUUGGUGAUCGAGAGAUUACAGUCAUACCUCAUACCACUGAACAAUUUCUGUCCUUUACUAUAGACAAUAAGUUAGUUUUUUUGGAUUCAUACAAAUUUUUACAAAGUUCUUUGGAUGCAUUGACAAAAAAUCAAAUGAAAAAAGGUGUAGAUUCUUUUAAAUAUUUGAAAGAAGAAUUUCCUCACCAUGUAGAGGUCUUAACACGAAAACUUCCAUUUCCCUAUGAACAUAUGAGUUCAUGGGAAACUUUAGAUGAGACCUCUUUACCACCUCAGGAAUCAUUCUACAGUUCAUUGUCAGAAGAGGGUGUUAGUGAUAAUGAUUAUUCCUUUGCUCAUGAAUUGUGGGAAACAUUUGAAUGUCAAUCUAUGACAGAUUUUAUGACAUUGUAUGUCACAGUAGAUGUGUUGUUGUUAACAGAUAUUGUUGAAACCUUUAGAACAGGCUGUUUAGCUGACUAUGGGUUAGACAUUUGUCACUAUUACUCCAUGCCAGGUUUCUGUCUGGAUGCUGCUAUGAAAAUCACUGGCGCAAAACUGGAUCUGUUCACCAACGUAGACACUUACAAUUUCAUUGAAAAUGCUAUUCGUGGUGGGGUGUCAGUCAUUGGUAAAAAAUAUGCGGAAAGCAACAAUGAACACAUGGUUGAUUUUGAUCCGGACAAAGAUACUUCAUAUUUGAAUUAUUUUGAUGUAAAUUCGCUUUACGCCACUGUGAUGUUAAAACCACUUCCUAUUGGUAAUUAUCAGUUCAUUGAACCUGAAGAAUAUAAUCAAAUUGACUGGAACAGUGUAGAUACAGAAGGUGACACAGGCUAUAUCUUGGAAGUGGAUUUGUUGUACCCCAAUCACUUGCACAAAGCUCAUGCUGCUUUCCCCAUGGCUCCAACUCACGAUGAUAUUCCAUUCCACGAAUUAUCUCCUAAACACAAAGAGUUAUUAGCCCAUUUCUUAAAACGUCCCGUUCAUAAACUUCCAAAGAAAUCCUCUGGCAGAAAGCUUUUUUGUACCUUGAAAAAUCGUUUACACUAUGUGGUUCAUUUCAAAACAUUACAAUUGUAUUUAAGACAUGGUUUGGUUUUAAGCCAAAUACACAGAGUGUUGAAAUUUCGUCAAGGACCAUGGUUAAAAUCUUAUGUUGAACUCAACCUGAGAAAUCGAAAAAAUGCAAAAGAUGAUUGUGACAAAGACCGUUACAAAUUGAUGAACAAUUGUGUUUUUGGUCGUUUUUGCAUGAAUAAACGCAAGCACAAAAAGGUUCACUUGGUGACACAAAGACCAAAACUUCAAAAACUUACUGCUAAAAGCAACUUCAAACAUGUCAAAAUUUAUUCAGAAGAGGUGGUGGCAGUUGAACUGGAAAAUACAAGUGUACAUUUAGAUCAACCCAUCACUGUUGGUUUUACCAUUUUAGAUUUAGCCAAAUAUGAAAUCUAUGACUUCUACUACAAUGUGAUGCAAAAGCAAUAUGGACAUGAGCAUUUAGAUUUGCUCAUGACAGACACUGACAGUCUUUUUAUGCAAGUUCAUGCCCCUCCACAUGAACCACUUCUUGAUCCCUAUGUGUUCAUGAAAGAAAAUUUGCAUUUAUUUGACACCUCCAAUUAUGCACCUACAGACCCUAAGGAAUUAUAUUCUGACCAAAACAGAAAAGUCACUGGCAAAAUGAAAGAUGAAGCAUCUGGAAACAUUAUUUUGGAAUUUUGCGGCUUAAAAGCAAAAAUGUAUUCAUAUUUGAUGAAAACAGACAAAGAGGUCAUUGAGAAAAAAACCGCCAAAGGCAUAAAAAAAUUAGUUAUCAAGAAAUUUCUUAGACAUAGGAUGUUUAAAGAGUGUCUAUUUCACAAUGAAGCUGUCUCCUGUUCUUAUUUUCUGAUUCGAUCCUGCAAUAAUACUCUGUUCACUCAAAAAGAACAAAAGAUGGCUUUGACUAGUUGUGACAAUAAACGUUAUCUGCUAGAAGAUGGUGUUCACAGUGUUCCUUAUGGUUAUUCACCCAUAGAGUGAGUCAAGGAAAAAUAAAAGAAAGAAAAUAAAGUCUCUAGCAAGGACAGGAUGAAUGAAGCAGCCUACAUGUGCACAAGGUGUCAUCACUUCCUGUCAGUGGAUGCAAAUGGGGAAGAUGAUCAAGGACUCUUUACAUGUGUCUAUUGCAAUACCAAACUGAAAUACACCUAUCACAGGUUUAUGACGCAUACAGACACUUGUGCUGUGAGGAGGAAGGCGAUACAGAAGAAGCAGAAAAAGAAGCCACGUAUGUGCACUUGUCAUACACCACAAUGACUGAAGGAGUUAUUCAUCCUCUGUGUGUAUAUGCGCACUAUGAUGUGCUAAUUGCUCUAUGAGCAACUGUGCAAAGACAACAACAAUAAAAUGAGCAACGGUGCAAAAACAACAACAAUAAAAUGUAAUUUAAGUCUUUAUUGAAAAAAGCAUGAAAACUACAGAGCGUCUAAUGCUCUUAUUUUUGUUGUGCCGGGCACACCUUUCGCUGGUUUUCUUUUCAUGUAUAAAAUAUUUGAAUGUC